GUAAGAAGUCCGGUAGUUUCAGUAGUUCGGAGUUUUGAUGUUUUUGAUCUUUAAUCCGGUUUAUUUAAUCCUGAAUUAAUGAUUUAAUCCCAUAUAAUCCGGGAACUUUCAUCUGACUGGACCCUGUAAUCAGAUCUCACUGACUGGAUCAGAUCAGAUUAGAUCAGAAUGGAGACUCACCUGACUGAAGAUGAAAUGGCUGAAGUGAAAAAGGAAGCUCUGGAGACUCUGCGUCCGUACCUGGUUGAGAAGCUAAUAGCUGAACGUCAUUAUGACUACCUGCGUUCUAAGAAGAUCCUGACGCGAGAGGACACGGAGGAGAUCAACUGCAAGUGCACACGGGGGAAACGUACUGGAAAACUACUGGACAUCAUAUCCGAAAACCCACGCGGCCUCGAUACGCUCAUCGAAUCCAUUCAGCGCUGCAGAACGCUUAAUUUUAUCAUCGCUAAAAUUACUGACGAAGUGCAGCGCAUCAAGAAUGCUAAACUGGAGGCGUUGAGAGCGGUGGGCGUGUCCAGCUCGACGAUGAAGGGUGCAUCCGGAGCCGGUAACGACCUGUCGAAGGCAGAAUUCUUCGACUACCACAAGUUCUCGACUAUCUGUCUUCAUCCUGAGGGAGAACGAAGCUCCGCCUCCUCUGUGACCAGCAGCUCUAUGAACCUAUCGUGCACCCCGGGUCGUCAGAAGGGGUCAGAUAGCGGCGCUGCUGCUAGUCUUAACGUCGUUUCCUCCACGUCAUCGUGCCUUCCCAAACCUGGUGAUCCUGGGGCUCCGCCUCUUCCUGAUGACAUCACUACAGAAGAACAGGAUCAGGACAGUGUAGUGUAUGAAAGCACAGGAAGUAGCGGGGAUGCUAACUUCCUGCCGCUACGCUCACGUUCCUUGAACCCGCUUGUCGAUAAUAUACUUUGAGAGGCGAAUGGAUCGAUUCCCACUUCCUGUGUUCCAAGGUUUCUUUUUCCACUACGUCUCAUGAGUGAGCAAUACAGAAUAGUUUAUAAAUAAUUCAUUAGCUUGAAUACAUCGUAUCGAAUCUCAGCUCUACCUGCCGGCUAAGGCUGAGCGGCCACAUGAACAACGAUUGGCCUGUUGUUCAGAUAUGGGUGGGACUAAGCCGGAUGGGGUCUCUCUUUCUCAUGACCGGUGCAAUUACGACCUCUGUUGGCUGAUUGAUGGUGCCUGUACAGAGAUUAGAAGAGAGUGCUGUCAGGGUGUGUCUCUCCGUACACAACGCUGAGCUGCACUGCACUCAUCACAGUGUAGGUGACAAGAUGCAUACGGCUGCUGCCCACGUGUCGGAGGGGGCGUGGGUUAGCUUCGUUCUCCUCAAUCAGAGCGGGGAUCGGCAUUGGUGGAAAGGAAGCAUAAUGCAAUUGGGAAAUUGGACGCCCUAAAAAGGAGAAAAUGCAUAAAGAAAAUAGAAAUAAUUAAUUCAUUAGAUAAGAAACAAUGCCAGUAAACACAACUGUGAGAAUAACGUUUAAUUCAAACAUGUAACCAAAAUGCAACUAAACUUUUAACUAGAACUGACAUGACGCAUCGCAUCGACCACCAACCGACCCUCUAUACCACACGUGUCAAACUCAAGACCCCCGAGAGCUUAAAAGACUAAAAUACUCUGUAAAAUCCUACAUAAACUGCAUCUCCCACAAUGUAUGCUGAUUUAGUGACCUGCGAAGUGACCGCAUCCCACCACUAGAUGUCAGUGUUUUCACAUCAGCAUUUAACUGAGGCGGUUUUCCAACAAGUGAUGCUGAGAAAUGUUUACAAUUAAUCCAGAAAUGUACAAGAAGAGAAAGCGGUGCGUCUCUGGUGUUAUGAGGCGUGUCUGUGGUAAAGGAGAACGAUAUAAAUGUAGAUAUACGUUAUAAAUAUACAGAAUAAAUUUGGCAUUUUGACACCAAACACAGAAUUUAACCUCCAAGAAAAACAACAAAUUGUCCAAGAAUUAAAUGGCGACUGUAAUCACAGCGGGAUGCGUUACAAUCGGCUCUCUCGGUGAGAAUGAGUUUGACACCCCUGAUUUACACCUUCAGCCAUAUUAAAAUCUCAACAUUUUCUUCAGAUGUGUUAGUCAAUAUCAGUAAAUUAAACCAGAAUGUAGCAUCAACCAUUAUUAUUAUUAUUUUUAUUAUUAUUAUUAUGAUUUUAAAUUGUAAUGACAUGA